AGUGAUCUUUUAAAUUUUCAAUUCUGAAAUAGCAAGGCGAAAGCCUUCGAUCGAUCGAAGUUAAUACUUAAUAGUUAUACGUUUAAGUCCGAUUUCGAUUAUUAACUUAAAGAAAAUAGAAUAAUAUGUUUUGGACUUAAAAUAGUAAAAAGGAAACAAUAAAUUAACUUGUAAAAAUAAUAUAUAUAUCGGACAUUUAAGAUGGACGAAGAAGUUCAGUUAAAAAAUAUUAAAGAAUUUUUACAAAACUAUAACAAAAUAACAGAUGAUUGUUUUUCGCAAUGUGUCUAUACAUUAUCACAAAGCAGGUUGACUGGUGAAGAGGCAUUAUGUGCAAGUAAUUGUGUCCAGAAAUCUAAGUUUGUUGAUCAAAAAUGUAUGCAAGCAUUUAUUGAGCAUCAGCAACAAUCAAUGCAAAAAUUUAUUGAAGAUUCGUCUCAAAAACAGGCCGAACAGGAAGCUGCUGUUGUAGACUCAAACAUUUCAGAUACCGAAAAUAAAGAAAUAGUUCAACAAGAAUCGACGGAAUGAAAAUUAAAUUGAAAACGUAACAUUAUGUAGGUUUAAAAUCAAACAAUUUAGUACUUGUAAAUAUAAUAUUAUGAUAAUUGAUUGAACUAAAAAAUAAAAUAAAAAUUACUGUUCUACCAACACUGCUUUUACCAAAUAUGCAACCAAUAUUAAACAACCUUAUCUUGACUAAGAUUAAAAAAAUGUAUACCUAUGUCUAUACUCUAUAACAUACAAAUUACAAGCCAAAUGUAACAAUAGCGAUGUAAUAGUAUAAAGUGUGUCACAAUGUUUUCCAUUAGAUUUGAGUCAACUUUAUGUAACGUAUAAAAAUAAUAUUUUAGCUUGUGGUUAAAUUAACAAAAUAAAUAAAAUAUAUUUUAAC